AUGGAGUCCUUCACCUACACAUCUAGCCCUAGUCGCGUCAUCUUUGGGUACGGGGCUUCCUCCAAGCUCCCAGAUGAGCUUUCUCGGCAAGGGCUUCGUGCGGCCCUGAUCAUCUCCACGCCAUAUCAGACCGCAGAGGCCAACAAGAUCAGAGACCUGCUAGACUUGAAUGCAGUCGGCGUUUUCUCAGAAGCAGCGAUGCACACUCCUACAGAUAUCACCGAAAUGGCCCUCGAAGUAGCACGGAGGCUAGAAGCCGACUGUGUCGUAUCUGUUGGAGGCGGCAGUACAACCGGGCUGGGCAAGGCCAUCAGCAUCCGCACUAGUCUCCCCCACAUCUGCAUUCCGACCACUUAUGCUGGUAGCGAAAUGACUCCAAUCCUAGGAGAGACAACGAACGGCCUCAAGACAACGAGAAGAGACCCCAAGAUUUUGCCUGCAAUGGUCAUCUAUGACAUCGACCUGACAGUCACUCUUCCUCAGGGGCUUAGCGCAACAAGUGGCGUCAAUGCAAUUGCCCACGCGGUUGAAGCACUCUAUGCACCAGACACCAACCCAAUCAUUAGACUGCUGGCUAAAGAAGGCAUUCGUGCUUUAGCAGAGUCAUUGCCGGCCAUAGUCAAAGACGGUAGCGACAUCUCUGCCAGGAGUAAAGCUUUGUAUGGCGCCUGGCUCUGUGGGCAAUGCUUGGGGAGUACUGCAAUGUCGUUGCAUCACAACUUGUGCCAUGUGGUUGGUGGAUCCUUCAACCUUCCUCACGCAGAGACACAUACGAUCUUGCUUCCGCAUACAAUGGCGUACAAUAGCCCAGCGGUGCCCGUGGCCAGGAGGGAUUUGGCCGAGGUCUUGCCAGGCGCCAAUGGUGAUCCUAUCAAAGGUUUGAAUAGUCUUUUGGAUAGGCUGGGCGUGAAGAGGGCGCUGAAGGAUUAUGGCUUGAAGGAAGAGGACAUUGAUAGGGCGGCGACUAUUGCAGUGAAAAACCAGUAUUCUAAUCCUAGAAAUGUUGAAGAAGAAAGUAUCCGGGAGUUGAUACGGCGAGCUUGGGCUGGCGAGCCCGCAAGGUCGGAUUUGUGA